AUGACCACCACCCCUCCACUACGCAUCAUCUCUGUGCAGGAGCCUCCACCUACUCCACGACACGGUCCUGCCCACGAUGAUUUCGAACCGCGCUUUCCUACCCGAUCUAGCCAGCGAAUAGCAUCGCGCGAGGCGAAGACAACACCAGAACCCCAAUCUGGCUCCCGAGCUUUGCGUUCUGUGACAACACCAGAAUCAAAACGAUCAACCGCUCAGCAGUCUCGAUAUAACUUAUCACCGCCAAUAUCCCCGCAAAAGUCCCCCAAACACAAUUCAGCAAAACGUGUUCAAGUUCUCUCUCCAACCUCACCAAGCACUCGUACUCGGUCUCACGACGCUUUGUCUUCGAACCCCUCCUUUACUUCUACCUCAAGCCACCAACAAAGCUUUCUCAGCAGUUCUACAGUCAUGUCCGACAGCAUGCUUCCAACACCCGUCAAGACUCCACGUAAGAAUAAGAAGGCAGCGUCAAACGUCAACCUGGCUGCGAGGAUGCUUUUUCAGGAGCAGCCUACCGCUGGCGACGACAUCAUGCCCACACCAAAGAAGAUCAGAAAGUCAACACGGCACAACGGUUUAUCUCUGGGAAGCUUUGCUACUGCGGAUGGUGCGGGAACCGAUCAUGUUCAGAUCUUUACGGAUUCAAGAGACAACGUUCCUGAACUUGACCGAAGUGAAGACAACCCUUUUGUGGAACAUGCAUCAGAGAAAGCUGGGCCGUCUGCUAAGCUGUUUAGUGGCACGUCCAAACGACGCAAGCUUAGCAUCGAGCGGAAGAAAGACCCUCAGGUAGAAGAAGCCAUCAAGAACGAUGAAGGAAUGGUCUAUGUUUUCCGCGGCAAGAAAGUGUUCAAGCGCUUUGAUGACGGUUCAGAGGAGGAAGAAACCACCGUCGAUCCGAAUGAUCUUGGGCUUUUGGAGCAUAGUAGCGCUGAUGCCGACACUCUCAAACUUCUCAAACCCAUGACUCGGAAAUCGAUCAGACCAACGCGACUGUUCCAAACGGAGGAGCAGAAGCGCGCUCGGGAGGCUGAGAAGGCCGAAGAGGAAGUGACCGACAUCGAUGAGGAGCCAAGCGUUGGUGCUGCAGAGUCCUCCGCUUCCACUCAAGCUCCGAGCACAAAUAAGAGACAGUCACGCAGGACUACAGCUACAAGUUCGACUGAAACACCUAAGGAGCAUACACCCAACGACACUGAGCAUCCCAAGGCUGAGGGCACUGGCGACGGCGAGUCUUCAGUUGUUGGAAAAACGAAGACAACUAAGAGGGGCAGUCCCUUCGAUUCUUGGAAGCGGGUAAAGCCUGGAUCUUCUGCCUCCACAGUUGCUGCUGGCAAGGGUCGGAAGAGGACAUCUUCGGCCAUGGAGGAGGGCGCGCUGUCAAGUGCUGGCAAGAAGGUGAAGAAUCGCUAA